UCUUGGGAGGGGGAGGUGGGUAUACCGGUCAACACUUGUUUAAGUCAGUCGGGACGCGGCAGUCACUCAGAACAGAAACAACAGCAGCGACAGGAAGUGUACUACAGUAACUUCACCAAGAUGGGGAUGUGUCCUAUUGGUGGUGAGCUCCCACUCGAGGCGUCAUCAGAGUGUCCCGUAUGUCUGCUGGAGUACGACAUAUCCCUGGCAGGACUCCCGAGGUACCUGCCAUGCGGACACACCUUCUGUACCUUCUGCAUCAUGCGUCUGUGGGUCCCGAAGUGCAUGACCAUGACGAUUGUAGUGACGUGUCCGCUUUGCCGCACCGAGCACCAACGCGGAGACAUGAUGCCGCCGGUAAACGAUGGUCUUCGGGGCAAGCUCAAGAUGGAGACGGAGCGGAGCACAGAGGCGCAGUACUUUUGUUCAAUGCGCGUGGUGGAGAUGGGCAGCACCAGGGGCAUCAAGGCGGUCAUGGGAAUAGAGUGAUGAUGGUGGUGUGGUGAUGAUGUUGCUAGUGUUGUUAAUGGUAGAGUUGAUGAGUCUUACCAUUGUGUGUGUGUGUGUGUGUGAGAGAGUUUAUGACCGUUUCCCUUUAAAAUUAACGCAUUCCAUGGAGUAUACUGUGAAUGAUUUUUACGA